UAUUUUAUAUAAACGCCUUAUUCCAAUAAAAGCUUUAGUAGCCCUGGUCCAGACUCCAGAGACACCGAGGUCACUAGCCCAUGGCGCCCCUCUUCUUCCUCAUCCUCCUCGUCCUCCUCCCCCGGUCGACCGCGGACUCGGACCCGGUCCAGGACUUCUGCGUCCCCGACUCCGGUUCGGGCCCGGUCGAGCUCGCCCGGCUGGCCACGUACCCGUGCAAGAGCCCCGCCAACUCCACCGCGGGCGACUUCGUCUUCUCCGGGAUCCGGGCCCCGGGCAACUUCUCGAACCAGAUGGGGUUCGCGGGCCUCUCCGUGGGCCCGGCCCAGUUCCCGGGCCUCCACACGCUCGGCACGUCCUUCGCACGUGCCGACCUAGCCCCGCGGGCCACCGAGACCGCGCUGGUCCUCGCGGGCCGCGUCUACGCCGGGUUCGUGGACUCGGUGGGCCGGGUCUACGCCAAGGUGAUCGAGAAGGGGGAGGUGAUGGUGUUCCCGAAAGGGAUGAUCCAUUUCCAGAUGAACGUCGGGGACAACCCGGCGACCAUAUUCGGGAGCUUCAACAGCGAGAAUCCGGGCGUGGUGAGGAUACCGAGCACGGUGUUCGGAUCCGGGAUCAAGGAUGGGCUUCUGGAGAAGGCUUUUGGGCUCAGCCCGGAGGAGCUUGGUGAGCUAAAGAAGAGAUUCGGGCCCAAAGGAGAGAUCAUCUCGGAAUAGAGAGACAAGGUGCGUAGAAUUUUGUGGAUUUAUUAUUAUUCACAAUCCAAGCGGGAAAUGAUGAUCCAAGCGGGAAAUGAUGAUUACUAUUACCACGACGAUGGUGUUUUUCUUGUUGGUGUAAAAUGAUGUCAUUUCGUUGUAACAUUUUGAGGUGCUCUGUUAUGCGAAGGCCCAAAAAGGCCACGAAUUUGUCAA